AUGUUCGGCGGCGUGAACAAGCGCUACGAGCACGAGAGCGCGACUCUCGGGUGCACCAUGAAAUUCUCCAUCUACUUCCCGCCCGCCGCCACCUCCUCGCGCGUCCCGGUGAUCUACUGGCUCUCGGGUCUCACCUGCACGGACGAGAACUUCAUUCAAAAGUCGUUCGCGCAGAAAUACGCCUCAGAGCACGGGGUUGCUCUCAUUGUGCCUCACACAUUCGCACAGGUGAUCUACUGGCUCUCGGGUCUCACCUGCACGGACGAGAACUUCAUUCAAAAGUCGUUCGCGCAGAAAUACGCCUCAGAGCACGGGGUCGCCCUCAUUGUUCCCGACACCUCGCCCCGUAAGCUUCCCCACCCACCCCCUUCUCCCCACCCAUCUCUCUGCACGCGCCGGCCUGGCAAUGCGCGCAAGCCUGCCUCAGAGCACGGGGUCGGCCUCAUUGUCCCCGACAUCUCGCCCCGUAAGCUGCCCCAUCCUCCCCCUGAAGCUGCCGUGCAAGCUCCCUCUCCUUCUCACAGCACCUUCCCUGCGGGCCCAAGCCGGCCUCAGAGCACGGGGUCGCGCUCAUUGUCCCCGACACCUCGCCCCGUAAGCUGCAUUACCUUUCUCUUAAGCUGCAUUUCCCUAAGUGGGUUGAAGGUGGAAGGAGAGUCAGACAAUUGGGAUUUCGGAGUGGGUGCCGGCUUUUAUGUAAACGCCACGGUUCCCAAGUGGAAGAACUGGCAGAUGUACGACUAUGUGACUGAGGAGACCCUCUCCUCCUAUGUGACUGAGGAGACCCUCUCCUCCUAUGUGACUGAGGAGCUCCACCGAAUUUUGGAGUCGACUCAAAGGCAGUCAAAGAAACGUAUCAAUACACCUAAACCUGCUUCCUUGUCCGGUGCUACUCCUGUCCUUUUUGCUGUUUUCUUUCCCUACGCAGGCGGGUUGAAGGUGGAAGGGGAAUCGGACAACUGGGAUUUUGGUGUAGGUGCUGGCUUUUAUGUAAACGCCACAGUGCCCAAGUGGAAGAACUGGCAGAUGUACGACUAUGUGACUGAGGAGCUCCACCGGAUUUUGUCCGCUCACUACACUAAUCUGGACAUGCAGCGAAGGCUUUCUCUUGCUGCCUUCUUUUCACCUUCCACGCUGAACGCCCCAUUUCCCCUGUUUCCCCCGUGUUUCCCCCUCCUCCCCCUUUUCUCACUUCCCCUCCAGUCCGUGUCCGCAUUCGCCCCCAUCUGCAACCCCACGGAGUGCCCCUGGGGGCAGAAGGCCUUCACGGGGUAUUUGGGGGACGAUAAGGCAGCCUGGGAGGAGUAUGAUGCCACAGCGCUCGUGAAGCAGUACCCAGGGCUUCCCUGUCAACUAUAUUGGUGCGACUUUUUAGAAUUCUCAAAAGUCGCACCAACAGGGCUUCCCUGUCAACUCGGCACUCUCCCCCUUCCCUCGUCCAGCAUCUCAGCUCUCUCCUCCUCGUCCUCAUCCCUUCCCCUGCACGCCUGCCCCUCUCAGGAGUAUGACGCCACAGCGCUCGUGAACCAGUACCCAGGGCCAAAGGUUGACAUUCUCAUCGACCAGGGCGACAGCGACAAGUUCGACCACGAGAAGCAUCUGCUGCCGGAGGUGGGCGACAGCGACAAGUUCGACCACGAGAAGCAGCUGCUGCCGGAGAACUUCCAAAAGGCUCGCACGGAGGCAUCGUGA